CUUAUUUCCCAUAAGAGGAUCCACACAGGGGAGAAGCUGUAUAAAUGCAUGGAAUGUGGAAAGACCUUUGCCUAUGACAGUGGCCUAAGAAGACAUAAAAGGAUCCACAUAGGGGAGAAGCCAUAUAAAUGCAUGGAGUGUGGAAAGACCUUUGCUCAAAAACGUCAUCUUAUUUCCCAUAAGAGGAUCCACACAGGGGAGAAGCUGUAUAAAUGCAUGGAAUGUGGAAAGACCUUUGCCUAUGACAGUGGCCUAAGAAGACAUAAAAGGAUCCACAUAGGGGAGAAGCCAUAUAAAUGCAUGGAAUGUGGAAAGACCUUUGUUCAUAAAGAUUAUCUUAUUCGUCAUAAGAUGAUCCACACAAGGGAGAAGCCAUAUAAAUGCAUGGAGUGUGGAAAGACCUUUGCUCAUAAAGAUUAUCUUAUUCGUCAUAAGAUGAUCCACACAAGGGAGAAGCCGUAUAAAUGUAUGGAGUGUGGAAAGACCUUUGCUCAUAUCAGUUACCUAAGAAGUCACAAAAAAAUCCACGCAGGGGUGAAGCCAUAUAAAUGCAUGGAGUGUGGAAAGUCCUUUGCUCAAGAACGUUAUCUUAUUUCUCAUAAAUGGAUCCACACGGGGAAGAAGCUGUAUAAAUGUAGGGAAUGUGGAAAGACUUUUGCUUAUAACAGUAGCCUAAGAAGUCACAAAAAAAUCCACGCAGGGGUGAAGCCAUAUAAAUGCAUGGAGUGUGGAAAGUCCUUUGCUCAAGAACGUUAUCUUAUUUCCCAUAAAUGGAUCCACACAGGGGAGAAGCCGUAUAAAUGCAUGGAGUGUGGAAAGACCUUUGCUCAUAACAGUGCCCUAAGAAGACACCAAAGGAUCCACAUGGGGAAGAAGCCAUAUAAAUGUAUGGAGAGUUGAAAGACCUUUGCUCAUAACGAUGCCCUAAGAAGACACCAAAGGAUCCACACGGGGGAAAAGCCGUAUAAUUGCAUGGAGUGUGGAAAGACCUUUGCACAAAGAAGUAAUUUUAUUUCCCAUAGGAGGAUCCACACGGGAGAAACUUAUUUCAAGCCUAGAUGUGGNUAUAAAUGCAUGGAGUGUGGAAAGACCUUUGCUCAUAACAGUGCCCUAAGAUCUCACCAAAGGAUCCACACAGGGGAGAAGACAUAUAAAUGCAUGGAGUGUGAAAAGACCUUUGCUCGAAAAGGUUCCCUUAUUUCCCAUAUGACAUUCCACACAGGAGAGAAGCCGUAUAAAUGCAUGGAGUGUGCAAAGACCUUUGCUCGAAAAGGUUACCUUAUUUCCCAUAAAAGGAUCCACACAGGGGAGAAGCCAUAUAAAUGCAUGGAGUGUGGAAAGAUUUUUGCUCAAAGCAGUGGUCUUAUUUCCCAUAAUAUGAUCCACACAGGGCAGAAGCCGUAUAAAUGCAUGGAGUGUGGAAAGACCUUUGCUCAUAAUAGUAAGCUAAGAAGACACCAGAGGAUCCACACAGGGGAGAAACUGUGACCGUAUAAAUGUAUGGAGUGUGGAAAGACCUUUGUUCAAAAAGGUCAGCUUAUUUUCCAUAAAAGGAUCCACACAGGGGAGAAGCCGUAUAAAUGUAUGGAGUGUGGAAAGACCUUUGCUCAAAGAGGUAAUCUUAAUGCCCAUAAUAUGGUCCAUGCAAGGGAGAAGCCAUAUAAAUGUAUGGAAUGUGGAAAGUCCUUUGCUUAUGACAGUAGCCUAAGUAGACAUAAAAGGAUCCACACAGGGGAGAAGCCAUAUAAAUGCAUGGAGUGUGGAAAGACCUUUGUUCAAAAAGGUCAGCUUAUUUUCCAUAAAAGGAUCCACACAGGGGAGAAGCCGUAUAAAUGUAUGGAGUGUGGAAAGACCUUUGCUCAUAUCAGUUACCUAAGCAGUCACCAAAGCGUCCACACGGGGAAGAAGCCAUAUAAAUGUAUGGAAUGUGGAAAGUCCUUUGCUUAUGACACUAGCCUAAGUAGACAUAAAAGGAUCCACACAGGGGACAAGCCACAUAAAUGCAUGGAGUGUGGAAAGACCUUUGCUCAAAGUAGUACUCUUAUUUCCCAUAAUAGGAUCCACACAGGGGAGAAGCCAUAUAAAUGCAUGGAGUGUGGAAAGACCUUUGCUCAUAUCAGUUACCUAAGCAGUCACCAAAGCGUCCACACGGGGAAGAAGCCGUAUAAAUGCAUGGAAUGUGGAAAGACCUUUGCCUAUGACAGUGGCCUUAGAAGACACAAAAGGAUCCACACAGGAGAGAAGCCGUAUAAAUGCAUGGAGUGCGGAAAGACCUUUGCUCGAAGUGGUACUCUUAUUUCCCAUAAUAGGAUCCACACAGGAGAGAAGCCGUAUAAAUGCAUGGAGUGUGGAAAGACCUUUGCUCAUAUCGGUGACCUAAGAAAUCACCAAAGGGUCCACACGGGGAAGAAGCCGUAUAAAUGUAUGGAAUGUGGAAAGACAUUUGCUUAUAACAGUACCCUAAGAAGUCACCAAAAAAUCCACACAGGGGAGAAGCCACAUAAAUGCAUGGAGUGCGGAAAGACCUUUGCUCAAAAAUAUCAUCUUAUUCGUCAUAAGAUGAUCCACACAAGGGAGAAGCCGUAUAAAUGUAUGGAGUGUGGAAAGACCUUUGCUCAUAACCAUGCCCUAAGAAGACACCAAAGGGUCCACACGUGGAAGAAGUCAUAUAAAUGUAUGGAAUGUGGAAAGACCUUUGCUCAAAAACGUCAUCUUAUUUCCCAUAAGAGGAUCCACACAGGGGAGAAGCCGUAUAAAUGCAUGGAGUGUGGAAUGAGCUUUGCCCAUAACAGUUGCCUAAGAAGACACAAAAGGAUCCACACAGGAGAGAAGCCGUAUAAAUGCAUGGAGUGUGGAAAGACCUUUGCUCAAAGCGGUGAUCUUAUUUCCCAUAAUAUGAUCCACACAGGGGAGAAGCCGUAUAAAUGCAUGGAGUGUGGAAAGACCUUUGCUCGAAAAGGUAAACUUAUUUCCCAUAAUGUUAUCCACACAGGGGAGAAGCCGUAUAAAUGCAUGGAGUGUGAAAAGACCUUUGCUCGAAAAAGUCAACUUAUUUCCCAUAAAAGGAUCCACACAGGGGAGGAGCCGUAUAAAUGCAUGGAGUGUGCAAAGACCUUUGCUCAUAACAGUGCCCUAAGAAGACACCAAAGGAUCCAUAUGGGGAAGAAGCCAUAUAAAUGUAUGGAGUGUGGAAAGACCUUUGCUCAUAACGAUGCCCUAAGAAGACACCAAAGGAUCCAUACAGGGGAGAAGCCAUAUAAAUGUAUGGAGUGUGGAAAGACAUUUGCUCACAACCAUGUCCUAAAAGGACACCAAAGGAUCCACACGGGGGAGAAGCCGUAUAAAUGCAUGGAGUGUGGAAAGACCUUUGCUCGAAGUGGUGAUCUUAUUGCCCAUAAUAGGAUCCACACAGGGGAGAAGCCNUUGCUCAGUUUUCUUCCCAGUUAUAUGCCGGUAUUGUUGCUGGUCUGGUGGAAGCCCUUGAGGCAGGUUUUUGCUCUGUUGUCUGGAACGAUUUGA